GUGAAAGCAAAGCUGGAUGACAGGGAGCAAGUGAACUGGUUGAACUUGAAGGAAAACCGCCUUUGAAAGGAGGUGGUCAAGGCAAUCUGAAUGUGUUCAGAAUCUUCCAAGUGACCAGCUUUCGAUACUGGUCGUCUUGUCCACGCUUGAGGGGCUCCCGCAAUUGGAAAGGGUUUGAGCGUUCGAUCCGACAAAUAUCAGCAAGUUUGAUGAUACGAGAUUGGAUCCAGCUUUUGUUUAAAAGAGGUGAACUGAUUGCUUGAUGCACAGCCAAAUCUCUGUGCUAGCCCCUGAGGAAUAGCUGCACUUUGAAGCAAACCUGAUCAGCAACAUACGGCCUGCCAAAGUGAAAAGGAAUCAGCGCAGCUCCUAUGCUCAGCUGAAAAACCACCGUUCGUGACUAGCUUACUAUAUUGAGCUAUUGUCGGGUCGUGCAAGAGAUCUCAUCGUAUGUAACGGAGGCAAUUCCUAGCCUUCAUCCGUUCCUCUUUCAAGAUCUCAUCGUUUGUGGCCAGCACAAAACCCUUGAGCUUUCAUCGCCAGUGGGAGUUCAAAAUGGGCCCUCCUGAUGAAGUCUCGGUAUCGUUUGAUGGGCCUUCAUCGCACCAGAUGCACCCCGGCCCCCCUUCCAUGCAACCUUUCAAUCCAAGUCAGCCCCCGCCUGCCUGGUCCGGCCCUGGCCAAGUACCGUUCAUGUCGUUCGGUCAGUAUGGGAACACGGGAAAUGUAUACGCCCCAGCACCUAUUGGUCAAUCGGCUACAUACAGCGGAGGAGGAUUUGACUUUAGGGACGAGCCACCGCUUCUGGAAGAGCUGGGCAUUAACGUACCGCUCAUCACCCGCAAAAUCUGGAACGUGCUGCACCCCUACAAGCUUAACACGGACAUGAUGGAGGACGGAGACCUGUCGGGGCCCAUUCUAGUUUGUCUUGGCUUUGCAUCGUGUCAACUUCUGGCUGGAAAAGUCCACUUUGGCGUCGUCUUAGGCUGGGCCACCCUUGCGUCCAUCUUCCUAUACGCUAUGUUUAACCUGUUAGCGGGGCCCGCCGGGAGCGUCGACCUCUACCGGUGUUCCAGUGUCAUGGGCUACUCGCUCCUUCCGAUGCUCCUCUUCUCCGCCGCGUCGCUACUGAUUCCCUCAGGGGGCCUCAUACCUGCGGCGCUUGCGGUGGUGGCCGUGCUCUGGAGCGCUCGGACGUGUUCCAUUCUGUUGGUCUCGCUCCUACCACAGGCGCGAGAACAGCAGAGCCUCAUAGCGUAUGCCUGCCUGCUCGUAUACACCGCCUUUGCUUUGCUGAUUCUUUUCUAGGGUUAGGUACUCAUCCUUUCGGGGGAGCUCGUCGUCAAAGACGAUCAAGUGCAACGGGAUGCAAAAGCAUUAUGUGUAGAAGGAUGCUGGUUCGAUCCGGCAGUCGACUUCGCAUUUUCCUGUUUAUUCCUCCAUAUGGAAACGACGAAAUUGGUUCGCAUAUUUCUCGUUCCGCGUCCAGGUUAAGUGCCAAGGGUUUGUGCAUCUUUUUUGCGUCGGGC